UACGUGCGCACGUCAGCACAGGACGCUGUCCCUCCCUCCGGGAGCCUGCUCCUUAGAGCUCGCGGAGCCGGGUGGCUUGGCGGACGGCAAAGAAGCGCGGCGUGCUGCAGGACCCACGCUGAGGCUGCCGCCGCUCCACGCGCUGUGACCCGCGAACCCAGCCCCCGACUCCCUUCGGCUCGGCCCGCGCGCCCUAGACCCGGCACGGGCGGCGCGACGGGAGGAUGAGCGGCGGGCGGCGGAAGGAGGAGCCGUCGCAGCCGCAGCUGGCCAACGGGGCCCUCAAAGUGUCUGUGUGGAGCAAGGUGCUGCGGAGCGACGCGGCCUGGGAAGACAAGGAUGAAUUUUUAGAUGUGAUCUACUGGUUCCGACAGAUCAUCGCUGUGAUCUUGGGUAUCAUUUGGGGUAUUCUGCCCCUGAGAGGUUUCUUGGGAAUAGCAGGAUUCUGCCUGAUCAACGCAGGAGUCCUGUACCUCUACUUCAGCAACUACCUACAGAUCGAUGAGGAGGAAUAUGGUGGCACAUGGGAGCUUACCAAAGAAGGAUUUAUGACAUCUUUUGCCUUGUUCAUGGUCAUUUGGAUCAUCUUCUACACUGCCAUCCACUAUGACUGAUGGUGUCCGGCUUCCACCUGCUUCCUGUCCAGUCCAAAGGACCCUUUUAAUUAUAGCACAGAAACAUGCUUGUUGGAACACCGCUGCCAUGUGGAACCUAGAAGAACCAUGUUUCCUGGACUGAGAAUCAGCGUUUUCUGCAAGGGUUGUGAUUGAAACUUUUCAAAGAACCAUCACCUUUGGGGAGGAAUUUCUGAAUUUGUCCAUUACCAACCAUUUUUUCUUGGAUACCAUCAUGUGACAGCUAUUUGCCAACUGGAGCUGCUGUUUAAUCUGAUGCACCUCUGGAUCCGGAUGAAACAUUGCCUUCCUUGGUUAUCCAUCAGGUGUACAGUUUUUUUAAACUAUCAGUGGCAUUUCAAGUCUUCUGAAAACAGCAUGUGCGUGGUCCAUAGCACAGUACAAGCAGCCAUCCAAUUAACAGUUUCCAUUGUAGAAUGUUUUCAGAUACUUGAAUAAAUAAGUCUUUAACUGAAAA